AUGGCGCAACUUCUGGAUCUACCCACGGAGAUAUUCCAAAACAUCAUCCACUCGCUCAACUCGGAUAGCCCCAGGGCCACUUGGAAACUUCGAAGCGUUUGUCACACUUUCGCUGGCGAAAUCAAGCAUGACCUGCUCAGCAAUCAGCCCAAGCAUAUCGUUGGAUUGAUCCCGGGAGUCAUCACUGCCAACAUCACAACGUAUAUACUUGCCCAUCUGAACAAGCCCGCCGAUGUCGACAACCGGCUACUCAAUACGAUCCACCGAAUGAUUGACUAUUUGGUUUCGGAACUCUCAAUCCCAGAAGGGCAGCGGAAGAAGACUGAGACCCGCAUGGUUGAAGGUCUUGUCCGAGUCACUGGUCCUGACGAAGUAAUGUAUAUGAUGAUGAAUUGGAGGCGUUCCUACCGCCACCCAGCCAUUCAGUUGAGGAACAAUCCAGAAAACGGCGCGGACAUUCACCACUGGGAGAAGAUCGUAGCGGCUAUGUCGACUCAGGCAAUUGACUUGAUUCGCCCUCUGCUAGCGCAAAUGCCUCCCGCGAUUUGGUCUCCUUACACGACCUUCGGCGAAGGCCCUCUGGUAAUGGCUGUGACUUCGAAACACGACGAGCUUUUCGAUGCAGUCUUACACCACCUGAAUAACCUCAAGAAGUCGGUCAAACGUGAUACUCUAGGUCCUUACGACUACAACUUUGCAGAAGCGAUUUGCUCCGCUAUCCGGGCUGGCAAUACACGCUUCGUGGAUGAGCUUGUCAAGUUCCGCCAGACAAUAUUCCGCAGGGUUGAGAAGCGCACGUACAACGGGUGGCUCGAGAUCGGUAUCGAGAAUGGAAACACAGACGUAGUAGAGUCUAUUCUACGCCUGAACCCAUCAGGCAGCCUGGUCAAUAAUCGCCUCUUCACAAUUGCAUGUCGUACUGGUAAUGUUGACAUGGUCAACUUGCUUCUGGACGACGAAGAAUUGGACAUCAACGACGGAACCCUUUUCACCAACUUCCUCUGCUGCGCCAUCAAGGUCAGCGACAUCCCGGUCGUCGCCGCGGUCCUGGAUGCAGGUGCAGAUGUCAAUGGCGCCUUUCCUAGGUACCAGCGGUCCACAGAGACGGUUUCGCCGAUGGAAGUUGCUCUCAACCGAAACAGCAAGGAGUUACUGGAAUUGCUCAUGAGCAGGGGAGCCACAAUGCCGCCUCGGGCGCGCUGGCCCAAGACCAAGAUGCUAUACACCAUGAUCCGCGAGGUCGCGAUCGCGAACGGGGCAACAGACAUUCCCGCAUACAGUAUUUCACUGAGGCGAGGUCUCGAUGAGAUUUGA